ACGUCUGACGCCGCCAGACGUCAUUGGGCGGUAAAAAAGCUGGUAGGAAACGAAACAUCGAGGACAAGAUCUAGCGAAUUUGAUUGGAAAAUCCAGGGUUCGCAACAAAGAUAUGGGCGUCAAUGAGCCUUCUCAUAUCCACACAAAGUCUCAGCAGGACUCGGAAUCCUUAAGAGACAAUGGAUUCGAAUGAUCUCUGUUGUUCCGAUUCCUCUUCCACCCCCAAUGCGGAAAUGGUGGCUUGGAUCUCGUGGAUACCUUUUCCCCCGUCCCCAAGUUCUCAUCCAUCAGCCGAUCUGAUUGGAGCCUUCGCUGUUUGUGUUGUCUAUAACGAGAAUUAACUAAUUGGAUCAAGCACAUGGACUAAAUAGCACAGCACCCCAAGCUGUUGAUACUUAUUAGCUCAAAGACGGUACUCAUACAUCAUCCUCCAGCGCGAACCCCUCCAUUGAUACAAUCUGAGGAUAGGAAGGCCUGUCGACUGCGACGUCUUAGAGAGAAUUCUAGAGCAGGCCAGAGCAGCUGGGUAUCUCAUUCAUUCGUUCAUUUCAAACUAAUUAUGGAUACACUCUAUGCCACAAUGAUGAUGGCAAGUUUCCAACAACAAGGAAAUCGAUCGGCACCAGGCAAAGGAAGUCCCAACAGCAGCAAUGCUCUGUUGGCUCCACGCAAAGUCACAGUGAUCGAUCAUCCUAAUCCUCCAGUAGUUAAAGAAGACAGCAAGUCGCCCACAGCGGUAACCGCAGGCACUGAAAGUAGUAGCCAACAACAACGAGAAAACGGUGAUGGCAGUAAGAGUUCUACAGAAGGCUAUGCGAACCCCCCAUUUUUACCGAACCCUAACCAAACCAUCAAUUCAGCCAAGCGGGACGAGGAUCCACCUGUAUCCGCAACAACAACAACAAUAGAAGAACAACCUCAGACGACGACGCAACAACCGCAACAUUCCUCCCUAGUCUAUGUGAAUCGAGCCAAACGAGCCGCCAGUAAUAGUAUUGUGGAAACAGAAGAAGAGAACAACCAGCAGAACAAGCGAACAUCGGCAUUCUACUCGACAUCCUCUGCGGCGGCAGAAGCCGAGGCAGAAGCAAGACGUCAUAUACGUUUGUCUUGUAUCAAGUCAGCAGCAAGAGCGAUCGAUGGACAACCGCAGUUGAUUGUCAUGUCGGCUACAUCACUUCCAGAUCCUCACCCUGACAAUAAUAAUACCAAGGCGGCCACUCCGGUCAGUCCGGGUGCUGUGGCUCCCACGCCUCCUCCUUUGGAUGGACCCACAGCAACCGCCGCUCCAGCUUCUACUACUACUGUGACGACAAGUCUGAAUCGAGAAACAUCCACCGCGUCGACCGCUACGUCGUCCACGGUGGGAACGGACGUGUUCGGUCAACCCAUCCCGGCACGGGGUGUCCCUCAUGUCUAUCACGACUUUGCAUCGGUUCCAGAUAGUGUGGGAUAUGUCCGCAAAAAGACGGGUGGAGUCACACAGCCCUUUCCGGAAAAGUUGCACGAACUAUUGGAAAAGGAAUCGACGCCGGGUUUCCGAGAGAACGUACAUGCCAUUGUAGGCUGGUUGCCUCAUGGACGUGCCUUUUUGGUACGCAAACCAAAGGAGUUUACCAGAGAUAUCAUGCCCAAGUACUUUCGACAGACCAAGCUGACUUCCUUUCAGAGACAGUUGAACCUGUAUGGAUUUCGAAGGAUCACACAAGGGACGGAUGCGGGAGCCUACUAUCAUGAACUGUUUCUGAGAGGACGGCCUCAACUGUGCCUUCGCAUGGUCCGACAAAAGGUCAAGGGGACGGGACACAAGCAACCCGCGGAUGCGCAGACGGAACCAAACUUUUAUGCGUUGCCGCCCACUACCGCUACGACUAGCACCACUGCCAGUCCAGCCGUCACGUCCGUGGCAUCACCGCCGUCGGUUCCUUCUCUGCCGCCAACAUCGCCACCACCAUGUUCGGCUGCAGCCUUGCAACUGGGAACCGUACACCAUGUACCGUUGGCGGCAGCGGCUCCCACGGCGCCGACCCCAAGAAGAAGCUUCACAGCACAGGUGGAAAUGUCACCCGGGACACAGGGAGUGCAUGGUGCUGCCAGUCUAUUAAAGGGGAUUGCCGCGGGGUUGGCGCCAAGUCGAUUGAACAGUAUCGAGAUCAAUCCCAGUACGGCGGUGCCCUUUCUGGGACCGCCGGUUGACAAACCGUACGAUAGCACUGGAACGAUGCUCGCAUCGGGGCCGCCGUCGUUGUCCUCUGCCAGUGCUACGGGUGCGGUGGCACAGCAGCAGCAGCAAGAAGAAGAACAACAACAAUCUGGCACGGCUUCGUCAUCACCAACGCCCAAGCAAUCUUCCUAUUCCACACUGCUUUGGGGCGGGGGGGCACCGGCACCAAGCCCAGCACCGGCGCAGCCAGGGGCUUCCUUCUUGUGGCCUCCUGCUCCGACGGCGCCUCCGACAUCGACCGAAAAUGAUGCUUCGUCCAAAGGGCCGACGACAGAGAAUCAAGAAGCUGUCUAGCUAGUCAGUCAGGUCAGCUUGCCAUACACCAAGUUCAGGAAUCGAUCGAGCCUUCUGCUUCGAUGACAAAGCGCAACAAACACAACAAUAGAGCCCGCCUGUUAUGCUCUGAAGCUUACUUGUCCCAGAAUCACCAAACAAAGCAACCGCCUCUUAAAUUUCGGCAGUAUAUCCGUGACUGCUGGGUUCGCAUACACACAAGUAGACACGCCUUCAGAAACAAUUGGCUGCGAUACUUGUCCUGUAUCCAACAAGGCGAGAACAAGGCGGGCCCAUGAUAGCUCCCAAGCUACUUAGAAUAGGUGACCACCACAAUUUAACAAGCUAGCUUCGGGAGAACCGGGCUAGCUUUAUAGUAGAUUCAUUAUCUCAUACAC